AUGAACAGACAAGUCUGCAAGACAUCUGGUGGCGGCAGCCAGGGCUUCACGGGCCGCUCCGCCGUGGUCUCAGGCAGCAGCAGGAUGAGCAGUGUGGCCCGCUCCGGGGGAGCCAGUGGAGGGGCCUGCGGGUUCCGGGGUGGAGCGGGAGGCUUCGGCAGUCGCAGCCUCUACAGCCUGGGUGGCAACAAGAGCAUCUCCAUCAGCGUGGCUGGUGGCUCCCGGGCUGGUGGCUUUGGGGGAGGGCGUAGCAGCAGUGGCAGUGUCUUUGGGGGCGGCUAUGGAGGUGGCUUUGGUGGUGGCAGAGGAAUAGGAGGUGGCUUUGGAGGAGCUGGUGGCUUUGGAGGAGGAGCUGGUGGCUUUGGAGGAGGUGCUGGUGGCUUUGGUGGAGCUGGUGGCUUUGGUGGGCCCCGUGGCUUUGGUGGGCCCGGAGGCUUUGGUCCUGGUGGCUUUGGUGGCCCUGGUGGCUUUGGUCCUGGUGGCUUUGGUGGUCCUGGUGGCUUCCCCGGGGGAAUCCAGGAGGUGACUGUCAACCAGAGCCUCCUGCAGCCCCUCAAUGUGGAGAUCGACCCCCAGAUCGGGCAAGUGAAGACCCAGGAGCGCGAGCAGAUCAAGACCCUCAACAACAAGUUUGCCUCCUUCAUCGACAAGGUGCGGUUCCUGGAACAGCAGAACAAGGUCCUGGAGACCAAGUGGGAGCUGCUCCAGCAGCAGACCACAGGAGCUGGCUCAGGACCCAACAACCUGGAGCCUUUCUUUGAAUCCUACAUCAGCUUCCUGCGCAGGCAGUUGGAUUUGGCUCUAGGGGAGAGAGGAAAUCUGGAAGGAGAGCUGAAGAAUAUGCAGGACCUUGUGGAAGACUUCAAAAAGAAGUAUGAAGAUGAGAUUAACAAGCGGAAUGCGGCUGAGAAUGAGUUUGUGGGGCUCAAGAAGGAUGUGGAUGCGGCGUACAUGACCAAGACGGAGCUGCAAGCCAAGGUGGACAGCCUGACAGAUGAACUGAACUUCUUGAGGACCCUCUAUGAGAUGAGUCAUGUCAGUGACACAUCUGUGGUCCUGUCCAUGGACAACAACCGCUGCCUGGAUCUGGACAGCAUCAUCGCCGAGGUCAAGGCCCAGUAUGAGGAGAUUGCCCAGAGAAGCAAGGCCGAGGCUGAGGCAUUGUACCAGACCAAGCUUGGGGAACUUCAGACCACUGCUGGCAGGCAUGGGGAUGACCUGAAGAACACCAAGAGUGAGAUCAUGGAGCUUAACAGGAUGAUCCAGAGGCUGCGGGCUGAGAUUGAGAAUGUUAAGAAGCAGAAUGCCAACCUGCAGGCAGCCAUCGCUGAAGCUGAGCAGCGUGGGGAGAUGGCGCUCAAGGAUGCCAAUGCCAAGCUCCAGGGCUUGCAGACCGCCCUGCAGAAGGCCAAGGAUGACCUGGCCCGGCUGCUGAAAGAGUACCAGGAGUUGAUGAAUGUGAAGCUGGCGCUGGAUGUGGAAAUAGCCACCUACAGGAAGCUGCUGGAGGGCGAAGAGUGCAGGAUGUCUGGAGAAUGUCAGAGUGCUGUGAGCAUCUCGGUGGUCAGCAAUGUCACCAGCACAAGCAGUGGCUCUGGUGGAAGCCGUGGAGGGUUCAGUGGUGGCAGCAGCGGUGGCUACAGAGGCGGCAGUACCAGCAGAGGCAGCAGUGGAGGCUACGGAGGAGUCCGCGGUAGCAGCAGUGGAGGCUACCAGAGCGGCAGCAGCGGGGGCUACCAGAGCGGCAGCAGCGGGGGCUACCAGAGCGGCAGCAGCGGGGGCUACCAGAGUGGCAGCAGCGGGAACAGGCUCAGCAGCGGAGGAAGCAGCUCUGUGAGCCAGAGUGGAAUUGGCUCCAGCUCUGGUGGCAUCCAGACCUCAGGAGGCAGCAGCUAUAAGUCUGGCAGUGGAGGCAGCACCAACAUCCGCUUCUCUCAGACCACCAGCUCCAGCCAGCACUGCUCCAAGUGA